UAUCAAAACACAAGAUUGAAUCACUUAGAUAUAAAGCUGUGUGUCAAAAUGAAGACCGUCUUUGUAUCAUUUUUCACUCUGCUAAUUGUGUUAGUCUUCACAGUUACUGGCACAAAGCCAUCAAAAGGCUUAACCUGUGAGCAGGAGAAAACCUUAGUGAAGCCAUGCUUAGAAUAUCUAACAAAGAAAACUGAUGCCCCUUCAACUUCUUGCUGCGAUGGGAUGAAACAGAUCAUAAUUUCAUCACCUACGAAGGAAGAAAAACGUGCUGCAUGUAAGUGCCUAAGGGAACAAGGCUCUCAGAUUCCUAACCUAGACAAAGACAGAGCCAAUAAUCUUUGCAAAGAGUGCAAAAUCAUGUCCAAUGACUUGGAUUGCCAAAAACUUGAUUAAGCUGUGGAUUAUGCUGGGAAUUUUCUAUUUCUGUAACAGAAUAACAUUGUUUCUUCAACUUCUGUCAACAAACAUUUAUGUUGAAAUCAAUGAUUAAUGAAUAUGCUUUAUAUAUA